UCUCUUGGAUUUGCUGAUAAAGGCAUAAACCAAACGUGAACAUACAGCAGAAAAACGCUGCUCUGUCAAGCACCGAUAUUCUUAUUGCUGCGGCCUGUUUUUGCUUUCUUUAACCAUGUGGCUUUUUGAUUUUAUGUGGAGUUUUGAGCUGAAGUUGCUUUUCUUGUUUAUUUUUCUGUUCAUCCUGAUAGCAGACUUUCUCAAAAACAGGAAACCUCCAAAUUUUCCUCCAGGACCACCAGCUCUCCCUUUGAUUGGGAAUAUCUUGAGUGUGGAUAAUAAACACCCACACAAAUAUUUCACCAAGCUGGCUGACGUCUAUGGGAAUGUCUUCAGUGUUCGCCUCGGCAGACAAACUGAGGUGUUUUUGUCAGGGUAUAAGAUGGUGAAGGAGGCCAUAGUGACACAAGCUGAGAACUUUGUGGAUCGACCAUACAGUGCAAUUUCCGACACGUUUUAUUCUGGACUAUCAAACGGUCUUUUCAUGAGCAACGGUGAAACCUGGAAGAAACAGAGACGCUUUGCUUUGUCUACCUUACGCAACUUCGGCUUAGGCAAAAACACCAUGGAACAAUGUAUCUGUGAGGAGAUCAAAUACCUGCAGGAGGAGAUAGAGAAGGAGAAAGGUGGGCCUUUCAGCCCUGCAGGCCUCUUCAACAAUGCUGUAUCGAACAUUAUUUGCCAGCUGGUGAUGGCGAAAAGAUUUGACUACAGUGAUCACCAGUUUCAGACCAAGCUAAAAAGUCUGAACGAGGGGAUUUUACUGGAGGGGAGCAUAUGGGGUAUCCUCUAUGAGUCAUUUCCUGGGGUAAUGAAACACUUGCCAGGUCCUCACAACAAAAUCUUCAGCAAUUACGGGCACGCACAAGACUUCCUCAGUCAGGAAGUAGAUAAGCACAAGAAAGACCUGGACCACAACAAUCCCCGGGACUACAUUGAUGCUUUUCUAAUUGAAAUGGAGAAGCACAAAGAGUCCAACCUGGGCUUCAAUGAGACCAAUCUGGCUCUCUGCUCUCUGGAUCUUUUCGUAGCUGGAACAGAAACAACAUCCACCACUCUGAUGUGGGCUUUGGUUUACCUCAUCAAACACCCUGAUAUCCAAGAGAAAGUCCAUGCAGAGAUUGACAGAGUGAUUGGACAGACCCGCCAGCCGUCCAUGGCCGACAGACCAAACAUGCCUUACACUGAUGCUGUCAUUCAUGAGGUUCAGAGGAUGGGAAAUAUUGUUCCUCUCAAUGGACCAAGGAUGGCUGCCAACGAUACAACUCUGGGAGGUUAUUUCAUACCUAAGGGUACUUCCAUUAUUCCCAUGCUGACUUCUGUGCUGUUUGACAAGAAUGAAUGGGAGACUCCAGACACUUUUAACCCUGGACACUUCCUGGAUGCUAACGGAAAGUUUGUCAAGAGGGAAGCAUUCCUGCCCUUCUCUGCAGGGAAACGUGUGUGUCUUGGAGAAGGCCUCGCCAAGAUGGAGCUGUUCCUGUUUUUGGUGGGAUUACUGCAGAAGUUCUCCUUCUCUGUUCCCGAUGGAGUAGAGCUGAGUACAGAAGGAAUUACUGGAACUACGCGGAUACCUCAUCCCUACAAGGUUUAUGCUAAGGUUCGCUGAGUUAUGCAGCUUCUCAGCAUAUAAUUUUCUUAACCAGUGUGUAACAAAGACUGGGCAAAAUGUUUUAGGUGACAAGUUAUAUUUACUGCUGGAUGAUCGCUGUCAUUGAGGAGAAUCUGUUAAUUCUCUUUAGGUGUACACGUAGUUCUGGCCAAUGGUUAUUUUUAACAUAACAAUACUGAUGUAUAAAUAACAUUGUUAAUAAAAAAAAAUACUGAAAAAUAUUCUGUUAACACACAUUAUGUACUAUUACUGAUGAACUGUAUUGUUUAACAAUGCAUUUGAACAAUUUCCUAUAUAAAUGAUUUUUCAUUAA